CAUGUUGGGGCCGAGGGGACGGCGGAGAGGCGCUUGAAGCGGCGGGAGCGGAGCGGGAGCGGGUCGGACCUGGGCUGGUAGGAGCCCCGCCCCUCCCGCCUCAGCGGAUCAUGACCCGGGCGGCGGCCGCGGAGGUCGCGGUGGCGGGGGACGUGGCGUGGCGGGGCCAGCGCUAGAGAUGAUGCCGUUUCCGGUGACAGCCCUGGGAUCACAACAGACCCCGCCGCCGCCCAAGCACUAUGGCAUCUCCUCCCCCAUCAGUUUAGCACCCCCCAGGGAGACUGACUGCAUACUGACCCAGAAAUUAAUUGAAACCCUGAAGCCCUUUGGGGUUUUUGAAGAGGAAGAGGAACUGCAGCGCAGGAUUUUAAUUUUGGAGAAAUUAAAUAAUCUGGUAAAGGAAUGGAUACGAGAAAUCAGUGAAAGCAAGAGCCUUCCCCAAGCUAUAAUUGAAAAUGUUGGAGGGAAGAUCUUUACAUUCGGUUCUUACAGGUUAGGAGUGCAUACCAAAGGGGCCGAUAUCGACGCGCUGUGCGUUGCACCGAGACAUGUUGAUCGAAGCGACUUUUUCACCUCCUUCUAUGAUAAAUUGAAACUACAUGAAGAAGUGAAAGACUUAAGGGCUGUUGAGGAGGCAUUUGUUCCAGUUAUCAAACUGUGUUUUGAUGGGAUAGAGAUUGAUAUUUUGUUUGCGAGAUUAGCACUGCAGACUAUUCCAGAAGAUCUGGACCUAAGAGAUGACAGUCUGCUUAAAAAUUUAGAUAUUAGAUGCAUAAGAAGUCUUAACGGUUGCCGGGUAACUGAUGAAAUUUUACAUCUAGUACCGAACAUUGACAACUUCAGGUUAACUCUGAGGGCCAUCAAGUUGUGGGCCAAAUGCCACAAUAUCUAUUCCAAUAUAUUAGGUUUCCUAGGAGGUGUGUCCUGGGCUAUGCUAGUAGCAAGAACUUGCCAGCUUUAUCCAAAUGCAAUAGCGUCAACUCUUGUGCGUAAAUUUUUCUUGGUGUUUUCUGAAUGGGAAUGGCCAAAUCCAGUGCUACUGAAAGAGCCUGAAGAACGGAAUCUUAAUCUGCCUGUAUGGGACCCAAGAGUAAAUCCUAGUGACAGAUACCAUCUCAUGCCUAUAAUCACACCAGCAUACCCACAGCAGAACUCCACGUACAACGUGUCUGUUUCAACAAGGAUGGUCAUGAUUGAGGAGUUCAAACAGGGACUUGCUAUCACACAUGAAAUUUUGCUGAGUAAAGCAGAGUGGUCCAAACUUUUUGAAGCGCCAAGCUUCUUUCAAAAGUACAAGCAUUAUAUUGUACUGCUAGCAAGUGCACCAACUGAAAAACAGCACCUAGAAUGGGUGGGCUUGGUGGAAUCAAAAAUCCGAAUCCUGGUCGGAAACUUGGAGAAGAAUGAAUUUAUUACACUGGCACAUGUGAAUCCUCAGUCAUUUCCAGCACCCAAAGAAAAUCCUGACAAAGAAGAAUUUCGUACAAUGUGGGUGAUUGGGUUAGUGUUAAAAAAGCCAGAAAACUCUGAAGUUCUCAGUAUUGAUCUCACUUACGAUAUCCAGUCUUUCACCGAUACGGUGUAUAGGCAAGCGAUAAAUAGUAAGAUGUUUGAGAUGGAUAUGAAAAUUGCUGCAAUGCAUUUAAGAAGAAAGGAACUUCAUCAGCUGCUACCUAAUCAUGUGCUUCAGAGAAAGAACACGCAUCCGCCGGAAGGAGUCAGAUUGGCAGCUUUGAAUGACGGCAGCCUCGACUUGUCUGUACACGGUGAAAACAGCAUGUCUGUGUCUUCACUUCCUGGCUCAGUGAAGACUGGCUCAACAACUGGCAGCACUCUGGGCAGAAGCAGCCCUGCCCCGGCUGUGAUGGCAGCCUCUGUGGCCAACGUGCAGGUUACUGAAGUUUCCGUGCGACAGGCAGACCCCAGUGAAAGCCCCGGGGGUGCGUCCAGUGAAGGCACUUCUCAGACUGCCUCGCAGCCAGCGGUUCCUUCACCACCGAAGCCCAUGGUCACCAGAGUUGUUUCUUCAGCCCGACUGGUAAAUCAUCCACCCAGGCCUUCAGGGAGCGCAGCAACAAACAUAGCUAAUCCUAUAAUAGGAGUCUAGAGGACGCUUGAGCGUCCAAAGAAGAAAGGACCAAGGACAGAAGGGGAACAUUCUCGUCAAGACACAAAUACAACUCAGUUAGAAACUGUUCAGACAGCAGCUUCUCUGUUGGCUUCACGGGAAACAUCCAGUGCAGACCUUUCCAGUAUCCCUGCUCUCCCUGCAAAUCCUAUUCCUGUUACCAAGAAUUCAAUAAAACAGAUUGAACUGGUAAAAACAACUGCAAGGGUCCAUAAACAGUUGUAUCUGCCAACUCAGCCUGUCGUCUUCAAAUGCUGAAGGAGGAGGAUGAAGGGGACCAAACUAGACAGGACUCAGAGCAGGCUUGUUAGGCUUACUUGGUGACUUCCUUUAUUGGGCUCAUCUCAGUCAGACGUCCAGGUUGGUGUGUGAUGCUAGGCGUAGUAUUAAUGUGUCAGGUUAUUUGUGUGUCAGCCACGGCUGUGUUAACUGUUCUAAAGGACUACUGCCCUUUAAGAAGACAAAAAAAAAAAAAAAAAGAAAAACCUUCCGGCUAUAUUUGUCCCCAUGACUGACAUCUGGACUGGAUUUAUGUUGAAUGCAUUGUUGGGGAAAGUUUGCAAUACAAACUGGUAUCGAAAUUCCUUAUGCUGAUGAUGCACUUUAUGUAUAUUUUUAUUAGGAAGUAGAACUAAUUUUAGAUUUUUCAGCUUGAUGAAUUUGAGUUUUUUCCUGAAGAGUUUUUGUUGUUACUGACCUUCAAAUUGGUUACCAUUGUGCAGAAAAAGCAUAAAGUAUGUCCAGCUCAGUCCCUGUGAGGUAGCUGAACCCCUGUAAAAUGAAAUGUCAGCUCUUAAGGUAUACUUUUGGCAUUGAAACAGGAGUUAUUAAGUGUUUGGGUUUGACGGGACAUGAUCAAGAAGGGAUAUGUUGGUUUUAUCUGUGGAAUUGUUUCGGAGUGCAUACAGUCGGCUGUCAAGCAGCAGAUACUGUCUUGAGCUGACAAAGCUCCACAUUCUCUUGUCCUUAAUCAUUUGUCCUAAAACAAGAAGAGCUUUUUGUCUCCCCCCUGCCCCCGCCCCGCCGCCUUCUCUUUGCUUGUGUGCACAAGGUGUGCUUGUGUGUUGUUUCGUGAAAAGCUCAGAAUGCUAGUAUUUUCUUAACCAUGAUGUGAAGCCAACAAUCCUGUGGCCACAGGACGCAAAACCUACAUUUUGGUUCCAUGGCUGUUAGCUUAGUAAAGCUUUACUAAAAGUAGUUCCUGUGAAGCAUGUUACCAUCUUGGAUGGCCAUUUGAUCUCUGCCAGAGAUUUGUAUCCUCCACGGAAUACCUGCUUAUAGUAAAGUUAAUUUCUAAUUUAAGUGUGUAAGCAAAAAGGCAUUUUCUCUAGAAUUUUAAAUCAGUUUUGUUUUUAAAUGACUUACUGAAAUUCAUCAGUAAAAUUGAUAUGUACAAACUUAAAAAAAAUUUCUAGCAAGUACUUGACUUCUAGUCAGCAUUCUGACUCUUGUUUUAUCCUACGAAAGAUUAGGAAUACCUUUCUUUAAAUGGGAAAAAAAAAAAGACUGCUCAUAAUUAAGCAGCAGAGCAUUUGUGUUUAGAAACACGAGUGAUGGCAGUUGUAGAUGAAUGGAAACUUCGUCUGUCUUAAUCUGGACACAGCAAACUUGACAGGUCUUCCAAUUAGCCUGGUUCCAGUUCCUCCCACUCCCCAGCGGUGUUCCUUUCUACCACACGUGCAUUUUUCAUGUUAGACUGCAAGUUCUUGAGCCCUUUCCCUAUCCUUUUGAAUAAUUUUCCCAAAGCUGGAAUCUAGUCUUUUUUCUUGUAGGCUGUGCAGUAAGUGAGACUUUGUGUCGCCGUUGCUCUCCAACGUCUGGUACACAGUGCUCCUGCUGCUGGCAUCUGUGCCCAUGCAGUCACCUAACCCUUGCACCACAAUAAAAUCGGGUGGAGUGUGUGCAGUCCCUGUGUAUUUUGAGUAACUAUUGUGUCAUUGAAAUUGCCAGGUGCAAAUUUAGUCUUGUCAUUUUGUUCAGACGUUGGGGAAAAAUUAGUUUAUUAAAUGUUUCGUGUAACUGUACUUGUUUUGCCAAGCUGGAAAGUUGGAGCUUUUUAAAUUCUAGUUUUCAUUACCUGAAUAUCAGACUAUUUUUUUCAUAUGGUGUGUGUAGUGUCUCAUGACUGGAGUUUGCCUUGUUUUAUAGUAUCUGUAUUCCUUGUAUUUUUCAAGCACUAUUUUGAAAACAGAUGAUGUAUUUCUCCAUUAAAAAACACAAUAAAAAUAAACAAGAAAG